GGUUUCCUUCUCCGCAGUCAGCUGUAAUCACUCAACAUCCUGCGCAUUAUCCUAAGGAAACGACAAUUUUUGGAGUUACGAGGACUUGGAUUGUUGAAAAAGAGUUAGUGGAUACGGGGGGUUAAUACCAGUAGUGGAAAAUGGGUCUCAUUUGCUCCACAGCGCAGCUGGCCUGCCUAUGUGGCAGCACUGCCUGCAGUUUUUGCUGCUCUCAAUGUCCAUCAUGCAGAAACAGCACCAGCUCCAGAAUCAUGUAUGCUUUGUUACUGAUGCUGGGAACAAUUGCUGCCUGCAUUACUCUCGCUCCAGGUUUACAGGACACAUUGAAAAAGGUACCAUUCUGCACCAACAGUACCAACUACUACCCUUCAUCAUACACAGUGGACUGCGACUCAGCUAUUGGUUAUCUCGCUGUUUACCGAAUCUGCUUCAUUAUAUCGUUAUUCUUCUUCCUAAUGUCCAGCAUGAUGAUUGGGGUAAAGAGCUCUAAAGAUCAUCGCGCUCCGAUACAAAAUGGCUUCUGGGCCAUCAAGUAUCUGCUCAUAAUCGGCGGUAUCGUUGGUGCCUUCUUCAUGCCUGAAGGAUCCUUCGGGCCUGUCUGGAUGUACUUUGGAAUGUUUGGAGGAUUCUUCUUCAUACUCAUUCAGUUAAUCCUCAUUAUUGACUUUGCUCACUCGUGGGCUGAAUCCUGGGUCGGCAACUAUGAAGAGACUGAAUCAAAAACUUGGUAUGCAGCACUGCUGGGUGCAACUUUCUUCAAUUAUUGUCUGGCCAUUGCCGGUGUUGCACUGCUCUUCGUUUAUUUCACACUGCCAGACAACUGUUCCCUCCAUAAGUUCUUCAUUUCAUUCAAUCUGAUCUUAUGUGUCAUCGCCAGUGCUGUAUCAAUUCUUCCCAGUGUUCAGGAGCAUCAACCCCGCAGUGGACUACUCCAGGCGUCUGUCGUGUCUCUCUAUGUGGUAUAUCUGACUUGGAGCGGAGUUUCCAACAGUCCAGAUCAUGAGUGCAACCCGGGAUUAUUUGGAUCAAUCGCCAGCAACAAUGUGAAGGAUCAAAACGAAGUAGCCUUCGACAAAGAAAGUGUUGUUGGUCUCAUAAUCUGGUUCAGCUGUGUUCUCUACAGUUCUCUCAGGACCGCCUCCAAGUCAUCCAAGAUAACCAUGUCUGAUAAAAUUCUCGUUAAUGACAACGGUGCUGUUCGCAACUCAGGAGAUCCUUCUCUGAUCGACAAUGAAGAUUAUGUUGCAGUAGAAGGUCGUAACGAUGAUGCUGAAGGUGGUGGUGAAACCAAAGUUUGGGACAACGAGGAGGAUAAGGUCGCCUACAACUGGAGUUUCUUCCACCUCAUGUUUGCUCUCGCAACUCUGUAUGUCAUGAUGACACUCACCAAUUGGUACAAGCCAAAUUCGUCGCUGAAAACACUGAAUUCCAAUCCAGCUUCCAUGUGGGUGAAAAUAAUAUCAUCAUGGAUGUGUCUCGGUCUUUACGUCUGGUCUCUUGUAGCUCCUUCGGUCUUGACCAAUCGUGAUUUUUCUUAAAUUCUCCAGUGCGCAUUUAUUGUUAAUUGAAAAAUCCGUGACUUCGUUUUAAAUUUAGCAAUGAUGGAAGGAAACAAGAUGAAUUAACCAGCAAUUGAUGUAAUGCAGGUUCAGUUUGUUUUCGUGGAAAUGAGAAGUGCGUAACUGGUUUGCAGGAAAAAUCUAUAAUGAAACAAAUAAAUAUUUGGAGUCUGAAAUAAUUCUUCUUGUUUACCCUCCACUAUUUAUUCGAGGAUAAAUACUGAAGAAAGUAUACCAUAAGUUGGAAAUAUUUCCUGAUAUUUCCAUGAACUGCGGUUUGAGCUAGUAUAUCCUUUAUCACAGUUUUUUUUUAUUACUAUCUAUGAUACUUGGUAAUUUACAUCAACAGAUUAUAAGUUCUCCUUUAUAUGAAGAGUAGAGCGCUUGUACAUAUAUACUCAAUGUGAUAAGAUAACCGAUUAUACUUUUCGCUGUAUAAUUGUAAUAACUGUGAAUAAUUAUAAUUUCAUGAUGUAAUAAAAUCAAUGAUUAUUAAUCGUCAAGGAAAUUAAACGAUAUGAAUAAACAGGUAAUAUGUAUACAAA